GUUAAAUCUAAAUAUGGUAAAAUCUACCUUACUAUUAGCCGCUGCAUGUUUACUUGUUGCUGCCGAAGCAAAAGAGUAUCAUACCAAGGUUGUAAUUCUUGGAGGUGGUGUCAGUGGUAUUAGUGCUGCUUUAAAUUUGACAGCAGCUGGCGUCACGGAUUUCAUGAUGGUUGAAGCCCGUGAUAUUCUCGGCGGAAGAGCACAAGAUACCCAAUUUGGCGAUGUAAAUGUUGAGUUGGGCUGUAAUUGGGUACAAGGUCUAGGCACCAACCCCAUCAAUCAGCUUGCGCUCAAGUACAACCUUUCAACAGCUUUUAGUGAUAGUGCCGAUGUGCAGUGGUACGGUGAAAAGGGAAAAUACAACGGUACUGAAAUUUACAAUACAUUGGAUGAUGCGUUCAGUAAAGUUUUGGACAUUGGCUUUGAAAAACUUCAGAAUGACGAGGUUGACAUCUCUGGUAGAGUUGGCCUUGAUCUUGUCGGUUGGCAACCAUCCAACGCUUUUGAAGAGGCUGCUGAGUUCUAUUAUUGGGAUUGGGAGUUUGGAGAGACCCCUGAACUUUCUUCUACGGUGUUCGCUGCUGUCAAUGAUAAUUGGACCUAUUCUGGUUUUGGGCCUGAUGGAGAUGGUAACAACUAUGUUGUCGAUCAACGUGGUUUUAAGCACAUCUUUUUAGAGGAAUCCAAAAAGGUUUUUAAGACCGAUGCUGACAAGCGUUUAUUAUUGAACACAACCGUCACCAAGAUUGCGUAUAAUAACAAGGGGGUUACUGUGCAUACCAGCAAGGGUGAUACAAUCCAUGCAGAUUAUGCCAUCACUACAUUCUCUCUUGGCGUACUUCAACAUGACGAUAUUGAAUGGAGCCCAGCACUCCCUGACUGGAAGCGCGAAGGUCUCUACGGUUUCCAUAUGGCUACUUAUACCAAAAUCUUUUUCAACUUCCCCUAUCAAUUCUGGGACGAUUCACAGUUUACGGUUUGGGCAGAUCCUGAUCGCCGUGGUUACAUGAAUGCCUGGCAAAAUUUGAAUGCACCCGGUUACUUCCCCAAGAAUACCAGUACCAAUAUUUUUUUUGUGACGACCACACAGGACUUGUCUUACGAGGUGGAGAACAAGACAGAUGAAGAAGUCAAGGAGGAAAUCAUGGUGGUAUUGCGAAAGAUGUACGGUAACGAUAUUCCCGAACCUACAGACUUUAUGUUUCCUCGCUGGCAUACAAAUCCCCUUUUCCGUGGUAGUUAUUCUAACUGGCCUAUUGGAGAGUUGGAUGAACAUCAUGCCAACAUGAAAGCACCUUUAAAUAAUAGAGUGUUUUUCGCUGGUGAGGCUUUAUCUACUGAAUACUUUGGUUUCUUGCAAGGCGCCUGGUUUACUGGUGCAAAAGCUGGUGUGGAUGUAGCUCUCUGUCUCAAGGGAAGAUGUCCUCGCGCUGAAUACUACCCAGAGAUCACAAACGCAAAAAUUAGGGCCAACAUCAUUCACCGUUAAAAUAAACAUAUAAUUUUUUAUUAUUUUUUUUUAUUUUUUUUAUUUUUUUGCAUAUACUAUAAACUAUAAACUAUUUUUCCAUGUAGUUUCAUUAUUAUU